AUCCGUGGGAAACAAUAGCUUAUAAGAAAGAAAAGAUGGCUAACUUCAUCGCAAAUACAAAGAACAUGGUUCAACAUCUGUUUGAAUACCUAGUUUCAUGUGGAAAAUCUUCUGAAGAUCCGCGAGACGAAACACCGAUAUCGAAAAUAGAUGAACCCGGAAAUGCACAAGGACAAGGACGGGUGGUUGUACUUGAACCACCAAAUCCAGAAUGGGUGGUAAUUGAAGAAGAACAAGAAAAUGCACAAGAACAAGGGCUGGUUCAAGAAGAUGAACAAGAAAAUGAACAAGAAGAAGGGUUUCCUGAUACAAUAGCAAGAAAAUCAAGAGCUCCGGGCAAACCACGGCCACCUGGUCCUGGGACUGGUUGAACUCUAAUACAAGUCUUGGAAAUUCUAUUGAUGUUCAUAUGAAGAAACCAGUUGGCAUGGUUGUACACGCUUAAUUUAAACUUCUCAUUUCUGCCUAAUUACGUUGCCUUAUUGUUGUUGUUAUUAUAAAAUAUGUAGGGUAAUAAUAGGUUAUCAGUUGGGUUUUGUUAAAUACUUUGUGUAUAUAUUUUGUAUCAACCUCUCUACCUUCAAUGUGGGAAUAACGUUUCCAGAUCCCACUCGUGGAAUUAAACUGGGUGUAUUGUUAUUGUUGUUGUUA